CCAGCCUCCUCUGUGCAGCCUCCUCGCCUUCCAGACAGUCCUUAUUUCUUUUCUCCCUAGGCUGCAGCCAGCCUGAGCCCUCUUCCUGCCAGAGCCAGGAGCCCAGGUGGGGUAAGAACCUCAGCCCCAGGAUGUUGACAACAUUGCUGCCACUGCUGUGUCUACUGUUCCUGCCUGGCUGGGCCUUUUGUAGCCAGGAAGCCUCAGAUGGCCUUCGGAACCUCCACAUGCUCCAGAUCUCUUACUUCCGCGACCCCAAUCAAGUGUGGCACCAGGGCAACGCGUCGCUGGGGGGGCUACCGACGCACGUGCUGGAAGGCCCGGGCACCAACGUCACGAUCCGCCAGCUGGAGCCCUUGCAGGAGCCCGAGAGCUGGGUGCACACAGAGAACAGUCUGAAGACCUACCUGCACCAGUUCAGCAGCUUGGUGCUGCUGGUGCACCAGGAGCGAAGCUUGACCUUUCCUCUGAUCAUUCGCUGCUUCCUGGGCUGUGAGCUGCAUCCUGAGGGCUCUACAGCCCGUGUCUUCUUCGAAGUGUCUGUGAAUGGGAGCUCCUUUGUGCGUUUCCAGCCCGAGACAGCUUUAUGGGUGGCAGGGCCCCAGGCACCCUCCAGGGUGGUCACCUACACCCUGCAGCAGCUCAACGCCUACAAUCGCACUCGGUUCGAACUGCGAGAAUUUCUGCAAGACACCUGUGUGCAGUAUGUGCAGCAACACACCACUAUGAACGAUUCGAAAGGGAGCCAAACAGGCCGCUCCUACACCUCGCUGGUCCUGGGUGUCCUGGUGGGCAGUUUCAUCAUUGCUGGUGUGGCUGUAGGCAUCUUCCUGUACACAGGUGGACGGCGGUGUUGAUUGCUCUCCAGACCCCUCUGAAAAAGGGCUGGACUGAUGGGGGCUGAUGAGGGAAGAUCUCAGCUCAAUGCAAAACCACACAGAUUCCCUAUCUGGGACAUUAUAUCCCAGAAGGUUUGGAGUGGCAGCCCCUUUCUUCUCCCUGUCUGACCACCAAGAGUUUGGGGGAGGGAAAGGGAAGGGAGGAAGCUAGGUAGACAGAGUUCUUGGUUUGCUAAGCACCUAAGAACUUGCAUGCUUUCGUGAAUUGUUCUGAGAAGUGAAUGCUUAUCUAUCUUUGUGGAAAACAGAUGAUGGAGUUGGGUGGGGGUGGAGGGUGUCUGUGGCAUGUCCUCCAAAGACAGACUCACCCAAGGCAUUCAAAACACCUAACAAAUACAAGAAGUCCAUCAACCAAAAUAAACACCACUCGACGCUUCCAGGCAUAUCAGACUUGGGAAGGGAUGCUGGUAUAGUAGAGGUAGAAAGAAAUAACCAGAGAAAUGGCUGGAGUAUAAACUAAAAUAUGGGAGCAAAGAGCUAUUAGUUCAUUAAUAACAUUAUUAAUAAAUUCCUUACUUAUGUA